CGGGCCGGUGCCGCCGCCCGCGUCCCCGCCGAUCGCCCGCAGCCCCGACGGCGACCCCGGUGAGGACGCGCGCCGGCCGCAGUUUGCCUUGGUGGUGGCCUGGUGAGUGGGUACCAGAAAGACGGGAAACAUGUCCGAGUUCUGGUUAAUUUCAGCCCCAGGUGAUAAGGAAAAUUUACAAGCUUUGGAGAGGAUGAAUACUGUCACUUCCAAAUCCAACCUGUCCUACAACACAAAGUUUGCUAUUCCUGACUUCAAGGUGGGGACCUUGGAUUCCCUUAUUGGUCUCUCGGAUGAGUUGGGGAAACUUGAUACCUUCACUGAAAGUCUCAUAAAGAGAAUGGCGCAGAGCGUGGCAGAGGUCAUGGAAGACUCCAAGGGGAAAGUCCAAGAGAAUCUCCUGGCCAAUGGAGUUGACUUGACAUCCUUCGUGACUCACUUUGAAUGGGACAUGGCCAAAUACCCUGCAAAGCAGCCUCUGGCGAACGUGGUGGACACCCUCACAAAGCAACUGGCACAGAUCGAGACUGACCUGAAGUCCCGCACAGCCACCUACAACGCUCUCAAGAUGAACCUGGAGAACCUGGAGAAGAAAUCCACGGGGAACCUCUUCACUCGGACACUGAGCGAUAUUGUGAGCAGAGAGGACUUUGUGUUGGAUUCAGAAUAUCUCAUCACACUGCUGGUCAUCGUCCCCAAGACAAGCUACGCCCGGUGGCAGAAGACCUACGAAUCGCUGUCGGAUAUGGUGGUCCCUCGGUCGACCAAACUGAUUGCGGAGGACAAUGAUGGCGGCCUCUUCACUGUGACUCUGUUUCGAAAAGUGAUUGAUGAUUUCAAAGUCAAAGCCAAAGAAAACAAGUUCACUGUCCGUGAAUUUUACUAUGACGAGAAAGAAAUCAAAAGGGAAAGGGAAGAGAUGACGAGACUUCUGUCUGAUAAGAAGCAACAGUAUCAAACUUCCUGUGUUACUCUUAAAAAGGGAGCACCCACCUACCGCGACCACAAGGUUAAGGUAACCCCGCUAGGGAACCCCGAUAGGCCCGCUGCGGGGCAGACCGACAGAGAGAGAGAGAGUGAGGGCGAGGGUGAGGGCCCAUUGCUGCGCUGGCUCAAGGUGAACUUCAGUGAAGCGUUCAUUGCGUGGAUCCACAUAAAGGCGCUGAGAGUGUUUGUGGAGUCUGUGCUCAGGUAUGGACUGCCCGUGAACUUCCAGGCUGUCCUCCUGCAGCCGCACAAGAAGUCAGCCACCAAACGCUUGAGAGAAGUGCUUAACUCGGUCUUCCGACACCUGGACGAGGUGGCGGCCGCGAGUAUACUGGAUGCCUCGGUGGAGAUCCCCGGGCUUCAGCUCAGCAACCAGGACUAUUUCCCCUACGUCUACUUCCACAUCGACCUCAGCCUCCUUGACUAGUAGGGGCUGGCGCCUGGCACCACCAGAUCCACUGACAUGCACACUACAGCUCCUACGGUUUCUUGCUCACGAACCCGACUCUAAAGUCCUCUGCAAUUUUGAUUUUCAGACAAAUUGCUCGCAAACGUUAGGUACAGUGUAUUUAUUUUUUUAAGUUACAAUAAAAUGCUCAGUCCUUCAAAUCAUCUUUUCUUAGGUUCUAACAGUAAUUC